AAUGUUUUUAAAGUUUAAAAAGUAUAGUUUGUAGCUGUAGUUUAAUUUUCGUCUUAUGAACAGAUACUUUGAAAGUUCAUGUUUGAUAGUGAUGAAUCGUGGAAUUAAUAUGGAGCUUUGUAGUUCUUGAAUUUUGAAUUCAUCUCCCAGCCAGUCAUUUACGAUAAGCACAACGGUCACCCUCAUAACGCCUUAUGUAAUACUAUAAGCCCAUAUUUAACACUAAAUAUCAGAAUUUUGUAUACUUCUUCAUCAGCUAUCUACUUGAUUCAAAAAGUUGACAGUCUGACUGGUCCAGUGGUGUAGAAGAAUCCAGGACCCCAAGCUCAAGACCUGUUUCGCGGCUAAGAUUGUAAAACACGCCCGCGUUUCAACUGCUUGAUGUCGAGAUGUGGUAAAUAUAUUGAAGAUUAGCGAGUUCCUAACUUUAUGUCGUAAAGCUGGCCUAACCUUGAAAUUAUAGUCUUUUUAAAUUAGAAAAGUGAAUCCAUUAUGAAGACAUGAAUCCAAGUUAGACUAAAGGAAAAUUUUAUUUUGAAUGACCAAUAUAAAAUAUUUUAAUAUGAAAUUACUAAUAAUCUCCACUAUAGCUGAGACGGCGUGAAGUUCAGAGUAAAAACCUGUCACAAGAAAUUAUCAAAAACACGCUUUAAACUUUGAAAUACAUGUCAUGGAGCUACUUAGCUUGAUGUCUGCAAUUGAGUAGCGCCAAAUAUUUCAAUAUAGUUGCACCACGUGGUAAUAAAAUAAGUGUAAUUGUUGGUUUGCUAUGCACCAAUGGGAGUGGGGAAGCGGGUAAUAUCCCAUGAUACUUUGCAAAUAAUUAUAAACAAUAAUCGUUUCGGCGCGAAUAACGUGUUUUAUUGAAGUGAUUUGAGAGGUGGGUGUCUUCUGUUCGUUGUCAAAGUACCACAAUGUUAGACGUGAUACGCAGCUUGAAAAGUCUGUUGAAAACCAGUAGAAUACAGAUAGACAACGACGUAUUUAGGCUACAUUAUGCAGUAACCGUUACGGUACUGUUAGCGUUCACUAUAGUUGUAUCGAUGAAACAGUUCGUGGGGGAUCCAAUCGACUGUAUCAAAAGCGAAGAAGUACCCCAGAGUAUAAUCAACACAUAUUGCUGGAUCCACGCAACUUUUUCACUACCUAGUGCCUACGACAAAAUUGUGGGUAAGGAAAUUCCUUAUCCAGGAGUCGACGCAGGUUAUUUGCCCAGCGACUUAAGCUCCCAAGAACUCAAAUAUCACAAAUAUUACCAAUGGGUGUGUUUUAUGUUGUUUUUUCAAGCGGCAUUGUUUUAUUUUCCUAAGUGGCUUUGGAAGUUAUGGGAAGGUGGGAAAAUCCAAGCCUUGAUGAUGGACCUGGACAUUGGACUGUUUGCAGAAACGGAGAAGAAACAGAAGAAGAAGCUCUUGGUUGAUUAUUUAACAUGUAGUUCAGGGCAGCAUGAUUGGUAUGCCUUAAAAUAUUUUUUUUGUGAGGCCUUAACGUUUGUCAAUGUUGUUGGUCAGAUGUUUCUAAUGAACCUUUUCUUUGAUGGAGAAUUUUUAACGUAUGGUUUGGAUGUUAUACAAUUUUCCGAAAUGGAACAAAGCGAGAGGUUAGAUCCCAUGAUUCGAGUUUUCCCGCGGGUUGCAAAAUGCAGGUUUUUCAAGUUUGGUGCAUCUGGAAAUCUAGAAUCACACGAUGCUUUAUGUUUGUUGCCUUUAAACAUAGUUAAUGAAAAAAUUUACAUAUUUCUAUGGUUUUGGUUCAUAGUUUUGGCGAUUCUUACUGGAUUAGUUCUUAUUUAUCGGGUUGUUAUUAUUGCCUGUCAGCCCGUGAGGGUGUAUUUGUUAAACUUUCGUUUUCGAAUCGUCUGCCCGGAAGAUUUAAAAACUGUCGUUAAAAAUGGUUCUAUUGGAAAUUGGUUCAUUAUAUUCAUGUUGGGACUGAACAUAGAUCCAGUGAUUUUUAAAGAAGUGAUUGAAGAAUUGGCCAAAAGAGUGAAAACGGAUCGAAAGGACGUUGCUUAACGAUUUAGGCUAAGGUUAUUAUAUAAUUUAUUAAUUAUAAUAAAUUAUGUUCAAGAAGCCUUGCACGUGUGUUUUCCUAAUUUUCAGUGCAUAGUCGUAGUAUUUAAGUAAAACGUGUUUUUAAAACUUGAAACUUUUUAUAUUAACUAAUUAAGCAUAGUUAUUAUAUAUGCUCAAAUGUUCUGUUAAGCCUAUUAUUGUUUGAUGUUGUAUUUUUAUGAUAGAUUUACGUGUUCAGGGUGUGUUUUAACGUUAAAGACGUUUUAAUUACUGUGCCGAUAUAAAGUGGAGUAGAUGAUACAUAAAUAUUAAGUUUGAAAACAUUAACCUGAAAAGUUACAGUUACAAAGAUGAAACAUUAAUUAAAAAUAAUUUAACUUACAAUGUUAAAUUAUGGUUAGUUAAUCUAUCGCCCAUUUUUCAUUUUCGUAAAUGUAACUUUUCAUAUUAAUUGUGACAGCCGUUGUUACUGGAUAUUCCUUGCUAGGCCUUAUUACUGGAUAUUCCUUGUUAGGCCUUAUUACUGGAUAUUCAUUGUUCAACACUUGAACAAGAAGCUAAAUAUACUUAAUAUUUAGGUUUGUGUAGUAAUAUAUAUAACUAAUUGAUUUUCUUCUAAAUAAUACAUUGUGUCUGAUCGUUAUAUAAAUAGUGUGUCUGGAAAGUUAAAAUAUUUACUUUGUUAAAACUUUGGGAUCACUAUAAAAGGUUUUGUUUGAGUAUUUUAUUUUCAUGUUUCAUAAUUAUUCAUCUAGUAUUCAAAAGUAAACUUUAUGGGUAAGUAUACAAGUGUUCUUUUAAAGACCUUUUUUAUGCUGUUAUUAUUCUGCGAUCGUUUAAAUGUUAGAAAUUAGUUUUUCUGUAUGUAAAAAAAAAGAGUAGAAAUAAGCGUGUUUUUAAUGAAUGUGUUAAUAAAUUCAAGCUUGUUUUCUUAAUUUUUUUUUGUCUGUACAUUUUCGUUAAAUUAUUUUGUAACAGUUAUUGAUUGGGUAAUUGACUUGUAUCAUUGUAAGUGACAAUUGUGCAUAAAUUUUGUGAUAAAAAUCGCGUUAAAAAAUCAGCCAUGUAGUUUCCUAAGACGAAAUAUACGACGAUCUACGCAGUAACUUUUUUGUUUACAAUAAACAAAAUUAACAUUCCUAAGCUAAACUGUAGUUAAAUAAACAUUUGUUAGUUUUAUAGUUUAUUUAUAAUUGUAGUCUCUGGAUUUUAAAGGAAUAGUAUUUUCUUCUGUUCAAGUUCGUUUAAAAAAUGGCUUCUGUCUGUUUACAGAUUAUUUCAUAAAACGAUUGCUUUGUUUUGUUGUUGCUAAGGGUUACAACACUUUUGUUGUUGCUAAGGGUUACAACACUUUUGUUGUUGCUAAGGGUUACAAUACUUUUGUUGUUGCUAAGGGUUACAAGUACGAAUUGCGAAAAAAUACUUGAUGAUAGUAGCGCCGGUAAAAAUAACCUAAGGAGCAAUGCGAAGUUCUACUUCCCAAACGGGGGGGAAGGGGGGGAUACCGAAAAAUUAUGUUUCUGGAAGUCUAUUUUUAUUUUUCCACUGUACACUGUUACUGUUGUUUCAACAUCUUUAAUAAUUCCGGAGCCAUUAUCACCAGUCGUUUUAGAGUGCCAUUUUUUUCUAACUAUGUUUUAUUACUAACGAACACGAACAAGCACAUAUGUACUCGCGUACCUGUUUUCCUCCAUUGUGUUUCUGCACGUGUAUUUUCUGGUAUAAGUAGUGGCACAUGUUAUGUUAUGUGGCUAUCUUGUAUAAUAAAAGACGAAGAUAUGAGUA